CCCAGCCCCCGGCCCGCGCGCCAGGGCAGCCGGCGAGGGGAGCGGCCGGGCGGCGCGAGGCUGGGGGCCCGCGGGCGCGGCCGCGCGCUGCCGGGCGGGAGGCUGGGGGGCCGGGGCCGUGGCCGCGCCCCGGACCGGGUCGGGGGCCGGGGCCGGGGGGCGGCGGCGGCUCCUCGCGCGGCUCCGGGGGCGCGGACACCCCGGCAGAGCCCCGGGGGGCCCAUGGCAGCCGGGAGCAUCACCACGCUGCCCGCCCUGCCGGAGGACGGCGGCAGCGGCGCCUUCCCGCCCGGCCACUUCAAGGACCCCAAGAGGCUGUACUGCAAGAACGGGGGCUUCUUCCUGCGGAUCCACCCCGACGGCCGGGUGGACGGGGUCCGGGAGAAGAGCGAUCCCCACGUCAAAUUGCAACUUCAAGCAGAAGAGAGAGGCGUUGUGUCCAUCAAAGGAGUAUGUGCAAAUCGCUAUCUUGCUAUGAAGGAAGAUGGAAGAUUACUGGCUUCUAAAUGUGUUACCGACGAGUGCUUCUUUUUUGAACGAUUGGAAUCUAAUAACUACAAUACUUACCGGUCAAGGAAAUACUCUAGUUGGUAUGUGGCACUGAAACGAACUGGGCAGUAUAAACUUGGACCAAAAACAGGACCUGGGCAGAAAGCUAUACUUUUUCUUCCAAUGUCUGCUAAGAGCUGAUCUAAAUGGCAGCAUCUUAUCUC